AUGUCCACCCUCGUCCCUUCUUCCCAAGAGCCUACCACGCAGGUCGAUAAGACGCCGCAGGAUCAGCCCAAGGCGCUCAAGAAUGAUAACCCGAGCUUUGUGCUCCAUGGGGUCGAUAAUGUCAAGUAUGAGCAGCGCCCCGUCCCCGAACCCCAAGCAGACCAAGUCCUCGUCGAAAUAGCCGCGACCGGGAUCUGCGGCUCGGACGUCCACUACCUCAAACACGGCUCGAUCGGCCACUUUGUCCUCAAGGAGCCCAUGUGUCUGGGACACGAGUCGAGUGGGGUGGUGGUAAAGCUCGGUCCCGAGGCGGGACGGAGUGGCGUUAGUGUAGGGAUGCGCGUGGCGUUGGAGCCGGGAGUGAGCUGUAGGAGUUGUGGGCUGUGCAAGGCUGGGACGUAUGAGCUCUGCCCUCAUAUGUCUUUUGCGGCGACACCGCCUAUUAUCUACGGGACGCUUGCGCGAUACUACCUCCUCCCCGCCGACCUCGUCCACCCCAUCCCCUCCCAAGUCUCCUUUGAAGACGGCGCAAUGAUGGAGCCCCUCUCCGUCGGCGUCCACUCGGUCUCCACCCUCGGCAAAUGCAAGACCGACCAGAACGUCAUUGUAUUCGGCGCCGGACCGGUCGGACUUUUGUGCAUGGCCGUCGCGAAAGCUUUGGGCGCGCGGAGGGUUAUCGCGGUGGAUAUCCAGAAGGAGCGGUUGGACUUUGCGAAGUCUUAUGUCGCGACGGAUGUGUUUAUGCCUGAAGCACGCGGAAAGGACGAAGCGGCCGAUGCGUACUGUUCUCGGAUGUCCGACUUGAUUCUUAGCUCGCUCAACAUUCCCGCGCUCGGUCCCGGUGGAAUUGACCUGACGAUCGAGGCUACCGGAGCGCCGUCUUGCGUCCAGAUGGGUAUCCACGUUCUCAAGCCAUCCGGCACCUACGUCCAAGUCGGCAUGGGCAGCAACAUGACCCUCCCUGUCCCCCUCUUCGAUGUCAUCACCAAGCAACUCAACGUGACCGGUUCGUUCCGAUACGGCGCGGGCGACUACCCGCUCGCGAUCUCGUUGGUCGAGCGCGGACUGGUCGACCUCAAGCCGCUCGUUACGCAGCGAUAUGACUUUAAGGAUGCGCUCGAGGCGUUUGAGAUGACUAGGCAGGGGAAGGAUGAGAGUGGGAAGCCGGUCAUCAAGUGCAUUAUCCGCCCGCCCCCAUGA